AUGGAGCUUCUGCCGUUUGAUAUUUCACAUGAAAGCCCCAAAGAUUCAUACCUGCCCUUGUCAUCCAAUCCCAGAUCCAGCUUUGUAAACAGCACCUUGGAGCCUGAUGGCAUCUCUUUUUUCAUCAUCCAGGGUCUCGCCAACCUCGGCGAGAAAAAGAUGAUCCUUUUUGUCAUCCUGCUGCUGGUUUACAUCAUCAUCCUGGGAGGAAACAUCAUGAUUAUCUUUGUGGUGUUGACUGAUCCAAAGCUCAACUCUCCCAUGUACUUUUUCCUCUGCAACCUCUCCUUUGUGGACAUAGUCUACACCACCACCACCAUCCCCAACAUGCUGUCCGGCUUCCUGACAGACAUGAAAACCAUUUCCAUAUUGGGCUGCUUCUUCCAAAUGCAUUUCUUCAUUCAGCUAGCCGUAACCGGCCGUGCCAUCCUGACUGUCAUGGCGUACGACCGCUACCUAGCCAUCUGCAACCCUCUGCGCUACUCCACCGUCAUGACCCGGCCCGUCCGGCUGCUCCUCAUUGCAGGAGCCUGGGGCUUCGGUGCAUUCUGCACGCUGCCGGCCACCUCAUUGGCCUGGCAGCGGCCUUACUGUGGCCCAAAUGUGGUAAGACAUGGCUGGUGUGACGUGUCAUCUGUAAGGCGGCUGGCGUGCGCUGACACCUCAGUGGACAGCAUUGUGUCCAUUUCCUUCGCCCUGGUGGCACUACUGACCACAGCCAUCCUCAUCCUCACCUCCUAUGUGCUGAUUGGUGUUUCUAUAUCAAGGAUGAGUGUUGCUCAGCGGUUGAAGGCUGUCGGGACUUGUGCUGCCCACCUGACUGUGGUGUCCAUCUCUUACAGCUCGGCCUCCUUUGUAUACAUCUCCUACCGGGUAGGAAACUUUCCACCAGAGGUUCGAAUCAUUGUCUCUGUGCUGUACUCUGCCCUGACACCUUUCCUGAACCCGAUGAUCUACAGUCUGAGGAACAAGGAGCUGCGAGAGUCCAUCAGAAGGACUUUAAGCAGGUUCAGACCUGCUGUUGGAUCAGCUAUGAAGGAUAUCAACACAGUGUCCUGACGUGUAAAGAAAACCUGCUACUCUGCUACCUGGAUACCCACAAACUGGAGAGACAAACAGGAAAUGAACAUUCAGGUGUCUUGAUGUCUAUUUAUGAUUUAAAAAGUGACUUUCUGACAC